GCCCCAUGUUCACCGAGCUGAGGGCCAAGCUGAGCCCCCCGCCGGGCCGCGCCGGGGCCGCGCACUCACGCUUCGGGGAAAGCCGGGAUGUGGACGCCACUGCCCACUUCAGCUUCUGCCAGACCCUCCUGGAACAUACAGUGUCAGCUGAGAGCAUCCCUUGCCACUUGCCUCGGAUGCCAGGUUCCAGCCUCACAUGGCACAACUCGCGUAGCCAGAGGGCAUCCAGCAGCAGGCCCAUCAAGCUUCUGCAGCAGCCUGGCACAGAGACCACACAGGGCCGGCUGUACUCUGACCACUAUGGUCUGUACCACACGAGCCCCUCUCUGGGUGGGCUGACACGGCCUGUAGUCCUAUGGAGCCAGCAGGACGUCUGCAAGUGGCUCAAGAAACACUGUCCCCACAACUACCUCGUCUACGUCGAGGCCUUCUCCCAACAUGCCAUCACUGGCAGGGCUCUGCUGCGGCUGAAUGCGGAGAAGCUGCAGCGAAUGGGGCUGGCACAGGAGGCCCAGAGGCAGGAGGUGCUGCAGCAGGUGCUCCGCCUGCAGGUGCGUGAGGAGGGGCGGAGCCUGCAGCUGCUCAGCCAAGCUUCCUUCGGAAAUAUGUCCUAGCUGCGGCCAAGGCUUGAACCCCAGACCCCAGCACUGUGACCAGUGACCAGGACCCACAGCCAAGGAUGAGGCAGAGCUGGCCCCACAGCCCUUCUUGGACCCUGCACGAUGCCCUGCUGGCCAAGCCUGGCCCAUUGGACAGGCAGGACCAGGACUGCCACCUCCAGAUGCCUCUGGUCAGGCACUCCAGUUCAUACCCUGGGGCUAGGUGGGCACUUGCACGUGGCCCCCUCCAGGGACUUGAUUCCAGGCCCAUCCCUUGGUGCUGCUGGCAGCAUGCCACAGGUCAGCUGCCUGGAGCCAGAGUGGGUUGAAUGAACCUGGACUCCAAGGGAGUCUCUUUAUUUAUGUUCCCUUCACCAUGUGACCACUCCCUUCACCCGGCAUCUCUCCAGUUCGGUGUCCUCCCCAGCACCACCAGAUCAGCCGUACAGUGAGACAAACUGUGUCAGCUCCCUUUGGCUUGUUUCCCCCCUACCCCCACCAGAUCCCAGCAGGCCCAACCCAUUGUCCGGAGUAGUAGAUCAGCACCUGCCCCACUCUGCACCAUACCAAGACUUCACUUAUUAUUUAUGAAAUCCUUGCUACACCCCCAUCUACUUCUUGGAACCAAGACUGAAAGAGGCCCAGGAUGCCCAAUCUCCAAAGACCAAAUGGGCACAAUGAAGACUUUAGCCCUGUGCAGGUGACUCCAUGCCCAAUGCCCACCAGGUUUGGUGGUCCCUGGCCUUGCCUAUGAGAGAGUCACUUUUAAACAUCUUCCAUAUUCCCUGACUCUUGAACUUAACUUUCAAGUAGCAGUAGUACAUGUGGGCAUUCCCCUUACCCUUUUCCCAAACCUGGAUCCACAGGAGAGACCAUACUGGGGGCUACACCACGUCUGCCAACAGAUGCCCCAGCAGCCUUCCCUGGGAGGUUUGGAACUCGUGCUACCCAGGACAGGGACAGUGAGUGUGACCCUGGAAGUCCCCACCAUCUUGCUCCUCUGCCUCUCCCACUCCCCUGGGAACUCUGGAAGUCUCAGGGACAAGUAAGGAUAAGCCUCUGGUCCCCUCUCUAUGGCCUGAGCUGGCCUCGGUUCUCUGGGUUAGUCAUUGUAGAGUCCAAGUGAAGUUUGGACAACUGGCCUGGCAUCUCCCAUCCUUUUUGCCCCUACCCAUGGGAAACCCCCUUCUGUGUCUGGCUACCUGAAGCAUCCCCUCUCUGUACAUCAGCCUUCAGCCAAAGGGCAUACGUCGGUCCCUUUCUCCUUACUCUGUCUUGCCCAUCCUGUGCUCCUGUCCUGUCUUCCUUGUUUUCCGUUCACUUUUUUAUACUCUGACAAAAAAAUAAGAAAUAAAUCUGGUU